GAGACGUUCGUUCAGUGUUGAGCGGUGAUCUUACGGAGUCAGAUCGUUACGAACGGUUACGGUAUAUAUUUUUAAGUUAGUGAAACAAGAAAAAACACAGUGUUACGGUUGUGUGUGUGUACAUUAAAACAUGCAUAUUGUUUAUAUGCAGUAGUGUGUGUAAAGUGCCUACAUAAAUACAUACAGACAAACUUCAUAAAUACUCUUGUACGUGCAUAUACGAAUUGUGUGCAAUAGGAGUUGUGAUUUUAUCAACAACUGGACUCGGUCAAUGUUACUCUUUACAGAUUUUGCACUGGAACUCUAAGCACUGCCAAAAAACCGCUACACUUCACGCCAUUACAAGUGGAGUUUCAACAAUGCAUUUGACCACACGCAAUGCAGGAAGCGCUAUUUCAUAAUCAACAACCAAGAAGAGGUCACUGCGAUAUUUUACUACACACAUACGCGCGAGGAGAGGAAGUUAAAUACACAUACAUUCAAGCAAUUCUUAGAUUACGAACGGCUCGUAAUCGCAUGGAAUAAGCGCGAGUAAAGAGCACAAGUGUCGCAGCUUUUUAGAAGAAGAAUACGUAGCUGAGGAAGAAGCAGCAUAUUUAAAAGUAGAGCUUGCGUACUGAUUUGAAAUCGCCUGGUUACAACCGGAAAUUGCAGAAACACACACACACACAUGCGCACAGUCAAAACAAUACAAUCAACUUAAAAGCAAAGAAAUCAGAAAGCAAUUAUUAAACGAAAUUAUACACAAAGGCGCACAACAACGCGCUUCGUGUCGCGUCGUCUGUAUAGUCUGUGCCCGUUCAACGGACGAACAAUACAAUCGGAGCAACAGGCCACAUAAUCGCCGUCAGAAUUUCUCAUCAAUAAUGUCGAAGUCACAACGCGGCAGCACAUAUGGCUGCCGCCUUAACCACAACACCAACAACAAUAACAAAAGCAUGAGCACGCUUAUCGCCAUAUGCCUGUUUGUGUUGUUGUGCGGUUGUGCGGUAUCAACGCAGGCACAACGUAUGACCGGUCGACGUGAUCGUCCACUAAAUCCGCCUAGAGAAUACAAAAAGACACAUCCAUGCGAACGUUCGUCAUGUUACCCGGCAACGGGUAAUUUAUUGAUUGGACGUGAAAAUCGACUGACCGCCUCGUCCACUUGUGGCAUACAUGCGCCCGAACGGUUCUGCAUACUCUCACAUUUGCAGGAUAAGAAGUGUUUCUUGUGCGAUACACGCGAGGAUACGCGCAAUGACCCGUAUAAGAAUCAUCGUAUCGGACAGAUUAUUUACAAGACGAAACCGGGCACCAAUCUGCCCACCUGGUGGCAAUCAGAGAAUGGCAAGGAGAAUGUCACCAUACAAUUGGAUUUGGAGGCGGAAUUCCAUUUUACUCACUUGAUCAUUACGUUCACCACUUUUCGACCGGCGGCCAUGUUGAUCGAGCGUUCGUUUGAUUUUGGUCAAACUUGGCAUGUGUAUCGUUACUUCGCUUAUGAUUGUGCUGAGUCAUUCCCCGGUGUGCCGAUUGUGUUGCGCAACAUCACCGAUGUUAUGUGCACAUCGCGUUAUUCAAAUGUGGAGCCUUCACGCAAUGGCGAAGUGAUCUUCCGUGUGCUGCCGCCGAACAUCAAUGUGUCCGAUCCGUAUGCCACACACGUACAAAAUAUGUUGAAGAUGACUAAUUUGCGUAUUAAUUUCACCAAACUGCAUAAGCUCGGCGAUAAUCUGUUGGACAAUCGGUUGGAAAUGGAGGAGAAAUACUACUAUGGUAUUAGCAAUAUGGUGGUACGUGGUUCUUGUUCCUGCUAUGGACACGCUUCGCAAUGUCUGCCUUUGGACGGCUCUGAGUCGACCGAAUACGAUAUGGUGCAUGGCCGUUGCCAGUGUACACACAACACCAAAGGUUUGAAUUGUGAGUCUUGCGAAGACUUCUUCAACGAUCUGCCCUGGAAGCCGGCGUUCGGCAAACAGACCAAUGCCUGUAAGAAGUGUGAAUGUAACGAUCAUGCGGUCAGUUGUCAUUUCGAUGAUAAGGUCUUUGAGCAAUCCGGGCGCAUAUCGGGUGGUGUGUGUGACAAUUGUAUGCACAAUACGCAGGGUCAGCAUUGUGAGGAGUGUAUGCCGUUCUUCUAUCGCGACCCCGAGCAAGAUAUACGCAGUCCGGAUGUGUGCAGACCAUGUAAUUGCGAUUUGAAUGGUUCUUUGGAUGAGGGUAUUUGCGAUUCGGUAAACGAUCCCGAAAAUGGUAUUGAGGCGGGCGCUUGUCACUGCAAGACGCACGUCAAGGGUCGCCGUUGCGAUGCUUGUAAGGAUGGCUUCUGGAACUUGUUACCCGAAAAUCCCGACGGUUGUGAACAAUGCACAUGCAACACGCUUGGCACCAUUGAUAACUCGGGCUGUAAUAUGUACACCGGUGAGUGUACGUGCAAGCGUUUAGUCACAGGCAAGGAUUGUAAUCAAUGUGCACCACAAACUUAUGGACUCUCCGAGUCGGAAGAUGGUUGCACACCAUGUGGUUGUGAUGUUGGCGGCUCAUAUGACAAUUUCUGCGAUGUUAUAACCGGUCAGUGUCGUUGCCGUCCACACAUGACUGGACGCAAUUGCUCACAGCCGAAGCAGAAUUACUUUAUACCACCAUUACAUGUCGUACACGAUGUUGAGUUUGCCGAUGUGUGCAUCUCGCUUAAUAAUAAUGGCAAUUGCACUGUUGUGCCAUACCAACCGCUGCCCGAUCGCUUACCCGACUACACUGGUAUCGGUUUCACACGUGUACCGGAAAAUUCGGAAUUUGUAAUAACUGUCGACGAUAUACCAAGCUCCAUGCCCUACGAUGUGGUGAUACGUUAUCAGACCACCUCACGUGAUGACUGGGAGAGAGCCUAUAUAACGCUGGUACGUAAUGACGAAGUAGAUCCGGAUGGUGUUUGCGCGCCCAGCGUACAACCCGGUUCCAGUGUGUACGAGACGCGUAUACCCUUCAGUUUACCCGAACGCGAACGUCAAGUUGUAGCGCUACGUAAUGUGUGUCUCGAAGCUAAUAAGGUGUAUAAGUUCAAAAUACAUUUCGAACGACGCCGUGUAAAUGAAGAUAAUCCCUCUGCGACAAUUAUGAUUGACUCACUGACACUUGUACCACGCAUUGAAGUGACAUCCGUAUUCACUGGUUCGAUUGCUGCCGAUCUGCGCCGCCGUGAUUACAUACAAAUGGGCUGCAAUCAAUCGCUGUAUGACAUACGUUACACCAACAUUGUAGACCCACGUUGCCGUGACUUGGAGAAUUACGCCAGUACCGAGAUACAUGAUGGCGCGAGUAUGUGCAACUGUAAUCCCACAGGUGCGCUGAGUAAGGAAUGUGAUCCACAUGGUGGUUUCUGUCAGUGCAAACCGAAUGUGAUGGGUCGUCAGUGCGAUCAGUGUGCGCCCGGCACAUAUGGUUUCGGACCGGAAGGCUGCAAAGCUUGUGACUGCAAUAGUAUUGGUUCGAAAGACAACAACUGUGACCUCAUCACUGGACAGUGUGCUUGCCAUCCCAAUACCUAUGGACGUGAGUGCGAUCAGUGCCAACCGGGCUAUUGGAAUUUCCCCAACUGUCAGGUGUGCGAAUGUAAUGGUCAUGCGCAACAAUGUGAUGCCCACACUGGUCAGUGUAUCAAUUGUUUGGACUUCACCAGCGGUUAUGGUUGUGACACUUGUUUGGAAGGCUAUUACGGCAAUCCCUUGUUGGGCAGUGAGAUUGGCUGCCGCGCUUGCCGUUGUCCCGACACCGUCGCCAGCGGCAAUACACAUGCUGAGGGCUGCUCGCUAGAUACACGUAAUAAUAACAUGAUUUGUCAGUGCAAAGAGGGUUAUGACGGUGGACGCUGUGAGGUCUGUGCUGACAACUACUUCGGCGACGCUGAGACACCCGGUGGUUCGUGUGAAAAAUGUGACUGCAGCAACAAUAUCGAUCUUUACGAUACCGGCAAUUGUGAUCGACGCACUGGACAGUGUUUGAAGUGUCUUUAUGACACGACUGGCGAUCAUUGUGAGCUCUGUCGCAACGGUUAUUUCGGUGAUGCGCUACAACAGAACUGCGUACAAUGCGACUGUGACUUUUUGGGCACAAACAAAACGAUUAUGCAUUGCGAUCGCUUUACCGGUCAGUGUCCUUGCUUGCCCAAUGUGCAAGGCAUACGUUGCGAUGAGUGCGCGGUGAACCAUUGGAAGAUCGCUUCCGGCGAGGGAUGUGAAGCCUGUGAAUGUGAUCCAAUUGGCUCCGUAUCUGAACAAUGUAAUCGUUAUACCGGUCAAUGUGAGUGCCGUGAUGGCUUUGGUGGACGCGCAUGUAAUCAAUGUCAAUCCAAUUACUGGGGCAAUCCGAAUGAGAAAUGUCAACCCUGCGAGUGCGAUCCUUAUGGCUCGGCGGACUACCAAUGCGACCGUGAGACCGGACAGUGUGUCUGUCACGAAGGCAUGGGCGGUUAUAAGUGUAAUGAAUGUGCGCGUGGCUAUCAGGGACGUUUCCCACAUUGCGCACCUUGCGGCGAGUGCUUCAACAAUUGGGAUUUGAUUUUACAUGGUUUGGAAGACGCCACCGCAGAGGCCAUACAACGUGCGAAGGAGAUCAAAUUAGUGGGCGCUACCGGUGCAUAUACAGCCGAGUUCAGCACUUUGGACAAGAAGUUGCAGAAUAUACGAGAUCUAUUGCAAAACACAACUGUUAGUUUGCAUGAUAUUGAUGCUUUGGAUAAGGAAGGUGCGGAACUCAAGGAGAAACUACAAGCUUCACACACGAAAUUGUUGGAGACCGAAGAAAAUUUGGAGAAAAUACAUUCAUCGUUGAGUUUGUCCACUGUAGAGCUCGAAGCAUUACGUAAUCAAUCUGAGCUCGUAAAGAAAUUAUCAAAGGAACUUAAAGAGAAUGGUAUUCAGCUGCAGGAAUCCAACAUUGAGGGUGCACUGAAUCUCACACGCAACGCAUUUGAGCGUGUAUUGGACUUGUCCACAGUGAAGAAUGAAGCCGAAGACUUUGCGGCCAACACCGAUCGCAACUGCAAACGUGUUGAGACACUGGCAAAUAAGAUGAAGGAUGAGCAAGAUACGAUCACGGCCAAUGAUGGCAUUAUUGCUGACUAUCGCGAUGAGCUUUUAACGCUGACCGGCAUGAUACCCGGUUUGAAUAAUGAAGUGUGCGACAAGAGCGGUGAUCCAUGCGAUUCGCUUUGCGGCGGCGCCGGUUGCGGUUCUUGUGGCGGUCUAUCCUGCGAACAUGGCGCGCUCACACGCACCGAAAAAGCGCUUAAAGUGGCGAAAGACACCGAACAAAUAAUCAAGGAUAAAAAGGAUGUCGCCGAUCAAACUAUACGUUCACUCUUCCAAGCUAAAGUUAAUGCGUCCGAAGGUUACCAGAAGGCAAAGAGCGCCUUCGAAGAUGCCGAACGCUAUCUCAAUCGCACCAAUGAGAACAUUAAAAAGGGUGAAGCUACGAUCGAGCAAUUGAAUAACUUCACAAACAAUAACACUGCACUACCCACCGAGAGUCGUGACAUUGCACAGCAAACACUCAAACUGGAUCUGAAAUUGGAUCCCGAAGAGAUACAAGUGCUGGGUGGCAAAAUCAACGAUGCUGUAUCCUCACUGAAAAAUGUCGAAUCUAUCAUUUAUAAUACGCGUGGCGAUCUUGCGCGCGUAAACGAACUGCAAGCGAAGGCAAACACAACCAAAGAAACUGCCAACGAAAUCUUAGAUACUGCCAAUUCGGUAGUGAAGAAUCUCGACGACGCUGACGCCUCACAACUGAAAGCCAUCGAUGCCAUAUCACAAGCUAAUGUAAAUAUUGAGCUUGCCGCCAAGGAUUUGGAUCAAAUCGAUCUGGAGACUAGCGAAGCUGAAGCGCCAGCCAAUGCUACAGCACAACAGGUUGAAGAUCUGGCCAAACAAGUUAGCCGCAUACAAAAGAAUAUACUCAAGAAUGAAUUGGACGCCAAGGAAAUCAAGAACGAAGCAAUUGCAGUUAAAGAGGCCGCCUUGAAGGGACGCGAAUACUCGAAUCAAUUGCAAUCGGCCACGAAUUUAGUCAAUCAAACGCUAACAGAUCGUGCGCGCAGCUCGGAGAGCGCACGCGAACGCGCCAAGAAACUGUUGCAACGCGCGUCCAAAUUGACCGUCGACACCAACGACAAGCUUAGUCAAUUGCAAAUGAUGCAAGACGUCUACUUGGAAAAGAAUAACACUUUGCAGAAAUUGCAAGAGGCGUUGAAGCCGCUCAACGAUGAGCUUACACUGUCGCUGCAGCAAAUACAGGAGCAUGCCGAUCGCUACAGGCUGUGUACCGGCUAAGACGGCGCAUCGCGUGCAUCUACCAUAGUUAGUUGGAAUAGAAAGCAGUGUUGCCACAUUGCAUUUAUACUUAAUCACAAUAGCCUUUGAUAACUGCAAUAAUUUGUUGACAAUUGAUGAUUGAUUGCGCAUUAGAAAGAAAGACCAAAACUCAAACAAAACGAUUUUAAAGCCAGUGUUAGUUGUAGCGGCUGCGGCUGCGUCGCGUUAAUUAAACUCUUUUUUACCCACUUUCACUUUUUUCUAUUCUCAAAUUGCAUUGUAAGCCAUAUUGAUGAACAAACAAAAAAAUAUUAAUUUUAGUAAAUAAAAUAUAUUUUAACCUAUGUUAGUUUAUUUAACGAAGCCAUCUCUAUGAAAUAGCAAACAAAUCAGAAUAAACAAUUUAAGCAAAAAGUACUUGAAUGACAAAAUACGAAGGUCACGUUCAUUUACUUUACACACACACACAUAUAAUAUAUACAUAAACACAUGCAUAAACAUAAAACCGAUAUGAAGAAGCAGAACGAAUAAAUACGUCUCGAAAAUAUGAAUAAAUUAUGUGCCUUAAAUAACAUGUAAAAACAAUAUGAGAUUGAUAUCUCUACUAAAGAUUUUGUUGUAAUAACUAAGUGUAAUUUUUUUGUAUUAAUGUAUUGAACCAAUAAAAAUGUUUAAAACUCAA